AUGGCGGAAGAGGUCAGCAUCGACAAGGCGGCCUUCCACACCCGCCUGUCGUCACUUAUCACACAAUGGAAGGCGGAUAAGCGCAGCAGCAAUGAUGUCUUCGGUGACGUGGGCAGCAUCGUUGUUGUUAUGGGCAAGAGCGAUGAGACGCAGGGCUUUCACAAGGCGAAUGGCAUGCAAUUUUGGCUCCUUGGCUAUGAGUUCCCCGCGACUCUUUUUCUGAUCACCAUGGACGGCAUGACCAUUGUCACGACCAAGAAGAAGGCGCAAUACCUCGAGGUGCUGAAGGAUGGAAAGACCCCGGUGGAUAUCGUCGUUCGGGGCAAAGAUGCGGAUGAAAAUGCGAAGCAGUUCGAGAAGAUCAACGAGACCAUCAAGAACGCAGGCAAGAAAGUCGGCACGAUCGCCAAGGAUACCUCAACCGGUCCCUUCGUCGCGGAGUGGAAGAGUGCGUUCAGCGAGAUCAGCAAGGAUGUCGAGGAAUACGAUAUCAGCACAGCGAUUUCCACUAUCAUGGCUGUCAAGGACGAGAACGAGCUGAAGGCGAUCAGAAAUGCUAGCAGCGCCUCUGCCUAUGUCAUGCGCGACUACUUCGUUGAGACCAUGUCUGAUAUCCUGGACAAGGAGAAGAAAAUCACCCACAAGGCCUUCUCCGACAAGGUGUCCAACAAACUCGACGAUGAGAAGUUCUUCCGUGGUAUCAAGGGCGUGGGCAAGUUCGACUUUAUGCAACUCGACUGGAGUGUCCCACCCGUCGUACAGAGCGGCGGCAAUUUCGACCUGAAGCUCGCCGCAGAGCCCGACGACAAGAACCUACACCAGCCAGGCAUCAUCAUCUCCGCGUUUGGCCUGCGAUAUCAGACAUAUGCCUCGGUCAUCGCGCGCACAUAUCUCGUGGAACCGAACAAGGCACAGGAGAACAUGUACAAGCUGCUACUGAGUGUGCAUGACACGGUCAUCAAAGAGCUGAGAGAAGGCGUGGCCGCGAAGGAUGUCUACAACAAGGCUCUUGCCGUGGUCAAGGCGAAGAAGCCCGAGCUCGUCGAGAACUUCGUCAAGUCAGUCGGUGCAGGCAUCGGCAUCGAAGCGAAGGACUCCACCCUCAACUUGAACGCCAAGAAUUCUCGCCAGCUAAAGGACGGCAUGACGUUUUCCAUUACGACCGGCUUUUCGAACCUCGAGAACCCAAAUGCGAAGGAUAAGAAGCGGGAUGGGACCUAUGCGCUCUUGCUCAGUGAUACCGUGCGGGUCACUAGCAAUGGCGAUGCAUACGUCUUCACCAAAGAUGCCCCACGCGACAUGGAGAGUGCUUCCUUCUUCUUUAACGACGAAGAGGAAGAAGAGAAGAAGCCCAAGGCCAAGAAGGACAACCGAGUUGGCGCAAUCGCAACCUCGAACAUCACCAAGACUCGGACGAGAGGCCAGGGCGUGAUGACGCAGAACGAGGAGAGAGAUGCUGCUCGUCGGACACAUCAAAAGGAGCUGCACGACAAGAAGCAGAACGAAGGUCUCGAGAAGUACGCUGAAGGUCAUGGCAAUCUCAACGGUACUGAGGAGAAGAAGUUCAAGCGCUUCGAGUCGUACAAGCGAGACAACGUCUUGCCGCCGAAGGUCAAAGACCUGGUGAUUGUCGUGGAUGCAAAAGCGAAUUCGAUCAUUCUACCUAUCAUGGGACGCCCGGUACCUUUCCACAUCCACACGAUCAAGAAUGCGACUACGAGUACAGAGGGUGGCUUUUGUUAUCUACGCAUCAACUUCCUGUCUCCCGGACAAGGUGUAGGCAGAAAGGAUGAUCAACCCUUCGAAGACCCUACCGCACAAUUCAUCCGAUCGCUCACCUUCCGAAGCCAAUCAGAAGACCGCAUGUCCAACAUUCAGACUCAGAUCACUGACAUGAAGAAGGACUCGGUGCGUCGGGAACAGCAGAAGAAGGACAUGGAGGAUGUCGUUGAGCAAGACAAGCUGGUGGAAAUGCGCAACCGUCGACCGUACAGACUGGAUAACAUCUUCAUGCGACCGGCAAUGGAAAGCAAGCGCAUCGGUGGUUCUGUCGAGAUUCACCAGAAUGGUCUGCGAUACAACCAUCUCGGCAAUCAGCGCAUCGACGUGCUUUUCAGCAACGUCAAGCACCUCUUCUUUCAACCUUGCGUCGGCGAGUUGAUUGUCAUCAUCCAUUUGCAUCUUCACAACCCAAUCAUCAUCGGCAAGAAGAAGACGAAGGACGUCCAGUUCUACCGUGAGGCGACUGAGAUGCAGUUCGACGAGACUGGUAACCGCAAGCGAAAGCACCGAUACGGAGACGAGGAAGAGUUCGAGGCCGAACAGGAAGAGAAGAGACGACGAGCGGCACUCGACAAGGAAUUCAAGGCCUUUGCCGAGCGCAUCGCUGAUGCAGGCAAGAACGAGGGCAUCUCCGUUGACAUGCCGUUCCGAGACUUGGGCUUCAACGGUGUGCCAAGUCGAAGCUCCGUCGUCAUCCAGCCUACGACCGACUGCUUGGUACAACUCACCGAGCCACCGUUCAUGGUGGUCACGCUCAACGACAUCGAAGUCGUGCAUCUCGAGCGUGUACAAUUCGGACUGAAGCAGUUCGAUAUGGUCAUCGUCUUCAAAGACUUUACCAAGCCUCCCGCUCACAUCAACACGAUCCCCGUGGAGGCACUUGAUGGCGUCCGUGAUUGGCUUGACAGCGUGGACAUUCCGUUCACUGAGGGCCCACUGAACCUCAACUGGGCGACCAUCAUGAAGACCGUCAUUCAGGACCCGCACACAUUCUUCAAGGAUGGUGGCUGGUCUUUCCUUUCCACCGAAUCCGACGACGAGGAUGAAGAGGAAGAGGAAGAGGAGUCUGCUUUCGAGGUUUCUGAGGAGGAUCUCGCCUCGGAUGAAAGCAGCGACGAUGAAUCCGAUUUCGAUGACGAUGCUUCGGCGGAAGCUAGUGACGAGGAUGUCAGCGAGGAAGACGAGGGCGAGGACUGGGAUGAGCUGGAGAAGAAGGCCAAGAAGAAGGAUCGUGACGGCGGCCUUGAUGACGAUGACGACAAGAAGUCGAAGUCGAAGCCCAAGUCGAAGAAGCGGUAA